CAAGGAAAGGAGGCGAGUCAAGGACUUCCUCCUGGGGAGAGAGCUUGGAUUCGGGAGGCCGCGCUAGGCCUGUUGGACUAGGCGUCCACGCGUGGGAGAGUUCAGUCAUGUCUGUACAUAUGGUGAUGCGCGCCUUGUGCAAGAACAAGACGCUUUGCUACGGAGUCCCCAUGCUGUUGCUGAUUGUUGGAGGUUCUUUUGGUCUUUGUGAAUUUUCACAAAUCCACUCUGAUGCUGUGAAAAUUAAGAUUGAUCCUGAAUUAGAAAAAAAACUGAAAAUGAAUAAAGUAUCAUUGGAAUCAGAGUAUGAGAAAAUAAAGGACUCUGCUUUUGAUGACUGGAAGAAUAUUCAACGACCCAGACCUUGGGAAGAUCCUGACCUCCUCCAAGGACGAAAUCCAGAAAUUCUUAAGACUAAGACAACUUGACUCAGUUGAUUCUUUUCUUUCUUUCUUUCUUUCUUUCUUUCUU